CGGGUAAUCAGCAUACCUUGGGUGGCACAUAGUCCUUUGGCCUUUUUAUCUUACCAAUUUACCGGUACCGGCGCCCUCAACAUUCUACUCCUUUCCUCUUCUCCUAUCCAGCCACCUUACCAAAUUCUUCCUCUCCAUUCCAUUUCUCUGCGAUGCGAUUCUUCAGAAGAUUUGCAGGAUUUCUAGGGUUAGCUAGAGACAAUGGUCCCGAAACUAAAGAAGACGAAGACCAAGGUAGAGUCGAUGAUAGUCUAGUCAAUAACAUCCCCAAUUUUCGGGGAACCGGUCUUCCUCGUAAAGGUUUUGGUAUCCAGGUACAAGUCCCUGUCGAACGGGCUCAGCCCCGUCCCGUUCUUGUCCCUUGUACUUCCGGCGACGGUGGUGUCCAGGGUUUAGGAUGGUAUGCCAAACGUCUCAGGAUAGAUGAAGAUGGAGAUGUAGCAGAUGAGUUCCUUGAUGAGGUCUCCUCACUUACGUCAUCCAGUAUGGAAGAGCAACAAAGGCCAUUGCCAACAUUUGAAGUGAGGUACAGUACCAGACCAGCUAAAGUGAAAAACCAGGUCUUGACCCCUGAUGGCAAAAUCCAGCAAUGUGUGGAAUACCAAGGUAGAUUGCAAUGGGUGUGAAGGACUUUUGUGACCGUACAGGUUUUACAUUGGACAGCUAAAUUAUGUUAACUUUAGUUCUUUUGGGUAUAUGAUCUUUCUACUAAUGCUGUGAAACCCUUCCCACUGUCUCGGCUUCCUUUUGUGUUCAUGUUCAUUGCAUAAGAGGGUUUCCGCAACUGGUCUAUUGGGGAUUUUGAUUGUACCUAUCAUCACUCAUAAUAUUUACAAAUUGUAGCUUCUCUCCAUGAACUGAUUUGUAUCAAUGAAAAGCUCCUUGCUUUAA